ACCUGAUGAGCAAUUACUUCCUCUUUAAACCUUCUCAGGGCGCAACCUUGCGCUUUCUUUUCUUUUGCCGUCCCAGAAGCAGUACUGAGGUUUAUUUCUGUUUUUUUUUGUCUUCGUUUCAAAAUGAACAAAACUGAGAAACCUUUAUCCACUCUUUGGGGUUGUGAACUUAAUGACUCUAAUAAAGAAGAGUCCUUCAAGACUGAUGACACGAAUCUUCAACACCAGCUGGCGCUUAGAAUGAUGUGUCUGGGUCACAAUGCUAAAGAUGAGUUUAAUAUCAUCGAGUUGGUCACCGGUGAGGGGAACAGUAGCCUGAAAGCGGUCCCAAUAGCAACACUGCAUGCUAAAUCUAUGCCUACGGUCAACCUGUCUGGACUGGAUCUUCAUCCACCGGUGACUUUUCGCCUGAAGCAUGGCUCUGGGCCGGUGUACGUCGGAGCAGAGCAUGUGGCCUUGGAGGAGUACUCUGAUGAAGAACUGGACGAGAUGGAUGAGGAGGUAGAAGAGGAAGAAGAUAUUGAAGAACCACCUGUUAAGAAAGUCACAAAAAAUAGUGCUGACAAAAGAAAGAAACCAGGAAAGGGAGUGGAUGAGGAAGCCUCUGAUGGAGACAGUCCACCAAAAAAGGGUAAAGGAAGGGGACGGAAGGCACAAGCUGCAAAGAUAUGGAUGGAAAGCGGCACUUUCCCAGAAGGCUGCUGCUGGACAUUUGAGUUAAGAUCUCAAAUUUCUCACCAUGGUCCCAUUGUAGUUAUGUUUUCGGUCAAUAAAACUGUUGGAGGGAAAGCAAACUGGUCUCUUUCUCUAGGAAGCAUUUUGUCUGUGCAAGAAAUUGACUGGGUAGGCAUUAACUUGUCUGCAGCUGUCAUCUAAAUGUAGUGGAAGCAC